AUGUCAAGUGGUGGACAUAGGUGGAUACUUGCAGCUAUGGAUUACUUCACAAAGUGGGUGGAGGCUAUGCCAACAAGACAAGCAAAAAGUAGAACAAUCAUCAAUUUCUUGAUUGAUAAUGUUAUAACCAGAUUUGGGGUCACAAUGAGGCUGAUCAUGGACAAUGCAGUGAAUUUUAGAUCAGAAGAGUUUACAGAUUUCUGCAAGACAUAUGGAAUUAUUAUAUCACAUGCAUCAUUAUACCAUCCCCAAAGUAACAGACUAGCAGAAUCUAGCAAUAAGAGCUUAAUGAAAAGCAUAAAAAGAACAUUAGGGCAGAAAAAGAAAGCAUGGGAUUCUAAAUUGAAGAUGGCAAUAUGGGCGGAUAGGAUUACGAUUAAGAAAGCCAUAGGGAGAUCUCCCUUUGAACUAGUAUAUGGCACACAUGCAAGGUUACCCAUGAAUAAUUUCCUCCCUGUAUACAAGUUUAUUCAAGUGAAUGAUUUAGAAAUUUUUGAUCCCAUGAAAGAGAGAAUGGAACAAAUCAUGGAAUUGCAUGAAAUCAGAGAAGAUUCUCAUAAAAAGAAUCCGAAGUUGCAAUAG